GAACGUGGAGUAAAGAAUUUAAUCAAUUUAAUUUCCGAGUUUAGUGCACAAACAUCAUAUAAAGAUUUAAAAUGAAUAUAAGAUUAUUCAUUUUUAUUGCUAUCCUCAAACACAUAAAUGGAGUGACUUUCAAGUGUGAUUUUAAAGCUCAAACGUGGUACAAUGAACUUCAUUAUUCCUACGACGGGAUGUUAUUAAAUUUUUACGAGUGCCGCAAUACAAAUGGUGAAAUUAUAGAUUUUGAUACUGAGGUUACAGACAUUAAAGGCAAUCAUUUGAGUGGAAAUAGCAAUUCUGAUGUCGUGUCAUUUGAUACUGAAAAUAUUCCAAUGCAUUACUUCCCAACGGAACUGAAUGAAUUUUUCGACAACUUAAAAUCAAUCAGAAUUAGAAAUUCACAGCUUAAAAGACUUCGCGAAGAAGAUUUGGAACCAUUUAGUGACUUGAGAUUGCUGUGCUUAUCGAAUAAUAAUAUUGAGAGAUUGGACAGCGAUGUUUUUAAGCACAACAAAAGGUUAGAGUAUCUCUCACUUGAUGUAAACUCAAUGCAUGUUGUUAAUUCUGGUGCUUUUGAUAGCCUUAAUGUCUUGAAAUCUUUGCUGUUCAGAGGCAAUCCAUGCCACUCUGAUCUUGCAUUCUACAGUCGCAAUAAUGUUGUCAAACUUGUUGAUUCUAUCGAAAGUAAGUGUAAGGAUGUUGUUACUGAUGAGUCAAAUGACAUAAAAGCAAUUUAGUUUGAAGAAAUCAAUAAAGUUG